CUUCCGGGUGGGACCAAAGUGAGGCGGUGGGGCAGGGGCUGGAAGUUCCGGUGAUAAUCAUGGCGUACAACGGCCUCACGGUGCCUCUCAUCGUGAUGAGCGUGUUCUGGGGCUUUGUGGGCUUCUUAGUGCCCUGGUUCAUCCCUAAGGGUCCUAACCGAGGAGUUAUCAUCACAAUGUUGGUGACUUGUUCAGUUUGCUGCUACCUCUUUUGGCUGAUUGCAAUUCUGGCCCAACUCAACCCUCUCUUUGGACCACAGUUGAAAAAUGAAACCAUCUGGUAUCUCAAGUAUCAUUGGCACUGA